AAAGAAAGAGAGGGGGUAAAGUGGGGUAAAGUGGGUGGGGCAGAGUGAGCACGAUAGCACCGCUGGUGCCGUUGGCCGUGGGUCCCCGGGGGACGGACGCCAUGGCGGCCUCCUCGUCCUCGUCGAGUGGCGAACAACAAUACUCCCUACGAUGGAACGACUUUCACUCGAGCAUCCUCAGCUCAUUUCGACAUCUGCGCGACGAAGAGGACUUUGUCGAUGUCACACUGGCAUGCGACAGCAGCAGCUUCACCGCGCACAAGGUCGUCCUCUCGGCCUGCAGUCCCUACUUCCGCAGGCUUCUCAAGGCGAAUCCAUGCCAACACCCAAUUGUUAUCUUGAGGGACGUGGCUUCUUCAGACAUGGAAUCCUUACUGCGUUUCAUGUAUCAUGGAGAAGUUCAUGUCGGACAGGAGCAGUUGGCUGCUUUUUUGAAAACAGCUCAAAUGCUACAGGUUCGAGGCUUGGCCGACGUCAACAGCGGCGCUGCCGCAAAAAUCCCACAGGCACCACCUACGACAGGCAACAACGGUAGCGCACCACCAACGCCGCGGAAUCCUUGGCAGGACAAUGGAAGAGGGGAAGCUAACGAAAGCGGGGCUGGUUCACCACCUGAAAAGAGACCGAGAAGUUAUUCGCCAGCUCUAGGAAACCAUGUAUCACCAAAGACAGACCUUCAGGAGUCUCUUUUGGGACAAGCACUGGAAGGUGGUCCCACGAUACACACGCCACCUGUCAAUAACGUGCAGGCGCAAUCUACUGGAGAGGACUCGAAUUCCAUGUCAGACAACGAAGAGGAUACGUCGAACAAUGAUAGUAUGCUGAAUUCCGUCAAGACAGAGCCCAGCGAUCUUCUCAAUGACUCCAUGGAACAUCAUCGUAGCAGUUUUCCCGCUGCAUUGUUAGGACUUCAAGGUUUGAUGCCAGGACCUUCUGGGAUUCACGCAGCGAAUCAGGAUCCAAACUAUGUCGCUAGAAGGGGACUUGACAUGCUGCGGGUACGAGCGACGGAUCCCAGACCUUGUCCAAAAUGCGGGAAGAUCUACCGUUCGGCGCACACUUUGCGAACGCAUCUGGAAGAUAAGCACACAAUCUGUCCCGGUUACCGUUGCGUGCUCUGCGGCACCGUCGCGAAAUCGCGAAACUCCCUGCACUCGCACAUGUCGCGCCAGCAUCGCGGAAUCAGUACGAAAGACCUCCCGGUUUUAGCAAUGCCAAGUCCUUUCGACCCGGAACUCGCGUCCCGACUACUCGCGAAAGCCGGCGUGAAGGUGAGCCCCGCCGAACUGAGGGCCAGAGCGAGUCCGACAGGGCCGCGGAGAGGAGACAUGAGACUGGAGCUGCCACGAGGCGGGGCACCCUCGGAAGCUGGGAGCUCAAUCUGCGGAGGUGACGAUCCGGAGGAUCUGACUCUGCCCUUGAGCUUGAGGUACGGCUCGCCAACGCCCAACAACAAUACCGUCAUCACCAAGAUCACCGGCAACGGCAAAUCUGCAGCGACCGCGAUUGCCGCCAAAUCCAUGGACUCGUAUCACAUGAACAGGGAGCCAAACAUGGCAUCCCUGCAUCCGCCGGUUCAUUUGCCGGGUCAUCACAACACGAGUGCGACCGGGUCUGCGAUUCUCGACACGUAUCUACAAUUCAUAGCGGAGAAUUCGAAUCUGACGAGAUUAGGGUUGAGUCCAGAACAAGCGGCGGCUGUUGCGGCCGCGAAGGUCGCGCAUCUGAGCGCGAUAGACAAGAUGAGCAGUCGCGGGAUGGAGGACUAUCCGAUGAUUGGUCGGGACGAGGGUAGAGGGCCCGGGGUCUUACACGAGGACCGGAAGGGUCAUCAUCUUGAUCGACACAUGAUGCCGAUGGAGGAGGGUGACUCCUCCGCCGGCGAGGAGGACGACUUUAGCGAAAACGAGUCGCCGGAAGGCGUGAAAGCAGAGUAAAACUCGCCGCUCGCUCUCUAUCUCUUGUCGAAAGAGUUUUUCCUGAUGUUCGGUCCUGAUGAAGUUCAGGCUGACUCGGGAUUAUCAGUCACUGGUCUAACAAUAGUAGUCCAUAUGUACCAAAACAGGGAAGCAACGUUCAUGCAGAUGUACGAAACUUGAUCCACUACCUCAGGCAAUUAUAUAUUUUUCAAAGAAAAAGUUUUAAUAGAGAUUCUCAAGCAGAUUAUAGAAAUAGAUUGACGGCGCAAACGUGUCGUCACUUCUGAUUAAAUAUUCCAUCCGUCUACCUCAGUGCACAUAAUAAACGAUAGCUGAUAGGAUUUAUUGAUUAACGAGCAAGGAACAAGAAGUUGGUACUCGAAGGAGAUCAAAAUGAAGAAGUGAAGAGGAGCCAAUUUGAAAACUGGACUUGAAAAAGGUAUUGUCGGUUUAGUCGGCAUCAAGAAAACAGAAGGCGAUUCGUAGAAGAUACUUAAAACGUAGACAGAGAAUAAGAAUACGACCCGUGAUGCCGCACCUGUUUUUUUUUUCGAAAGUUUUAUCAACGCCUUUUUUCGCGUUGGUUCGACGAGAGAUAUAAUUAUUAUUAUUAUUAAUAUUAUAUAUAUGAAUGUUGAGGAAAUAUAUAUAUUGCCUAGAUUUAUAGAAAAGUUAGUGUGCCACGAAAUGGGCGUGCAGCGGAUACGCGUAGCGCUAGGAUUGUAUGUAGAGGUACAGGUACCCACCCACCCGUUCUAUUUGUCUUUUGUUUAGCAUGUGUUCACUCGCACUUUUAGUCGCGCGAAUUUGAUUAUUGAAAGAUGUCGCGAGUGUACACUGUAUAGAUAAGACGUUCACACGCUUUUUUUUGCGAAGUAUACUCUUGAGCGACAUACUUGAUGGAGAUUUUCUUGCUUUCAUUUGGAAGAAGUUUGUUAUCUCGCUGUUAGAAGAAUAUCUUAUGGAGUGCGGGUCUAAAAGGAUUUUUAAUUCACGUUAAUUCACUUGGAAUUCCUUUGUCUUCUUUGGAGAAUCCUUUGGAUUUUUUUAACUUCUCUGAAAUCAUUUUUAGAAUUCUCUAAAUUCCUUGAAUUCUCUCUGAAUUUAUUGAAUUCUUCUUAAUUCUUUGAAUUAUGAUGAGACUCAUUGAAUAUACUCUGGAUUCUUAAAUUUUUUUUAAUUUACAUUUUCUUGUCAUUUUCGUGCUAUUCCUUGUUUUAUUUUUAUAUUCUUGAAAUUCAUUCAUAUCCGUAGAAUUGCUUACAAUUUUUACGAUACCGUAGGAUUCACUUAAAUCCUGAGAAUUCCUUAAAAUCUGGACAAAUCUUCAGAAUUUCGAAGGUUUCGUAAUAUUCCGUCAAAUUCCUUGAAAUUCGUGAAGUUCCUUAGAAGUUAUCGAAUUCCUUAAAAUUUGUCGAAUUUCUUUAAAAUUUUUGAAUUCCUUAAAAUUCGUAGAAUUCUUUAGAAUUCGUGGAGUUCUUCAGAAUAUGUGGAUUUCCUUAAAAUUGUUAAAUACCUUAACUUCUUAUCAAUUCAUUGAAUUCCCAACUCCUUGAAACAUAUUUAUAUUCUUGAAAUUUAUUUAAAACCUUAAAGUUCUUUAGAUUCGGAAACUGCCUUAGGAUGCAUGCAAUUCCUUAGAAUUUCGUAGAUUUCUUUAGAAUUUGUAAAAUUCUUUAGAAUUCCUUUAGAAUUGCUGAGAUUCCUUAGAAUUCGUGGAAUUCUUUAGAAUGCGGUGAAUUCCUAAGAGUUCUUCCAAUUCCAUAGAAUUCGUCGAAUCUCUUAGAAUUGUUUGAAUUCCUUACAAUUCUUCGAAUUCUUUACAAAAAUUCUUAGUCCUUAGAAUUUCUUCGAAUUUUUGAAAUUCCUUAAAAUUCUUCAAAUGCCUUAGAAUUUGUUUAAUUCCUUAGAAUUUCGUAUAUUUUCUACUAUUUCUUAGAAUUCUGCGCAUUCCUUACAAUUAUUCGAAUUCCUUAGAAUUUUUCUAAUUCCUUAAAAUGCGUAGCAUUCGUGAGAAUUCUUGGAAAUCUUUGAUUUCCUUGCAUUAUUGUUAAAUUGUUGACAUUGAUGGAAUUACUCAGAAUUCUUUGGAAUUAGUGGAAAUCUCCUAAUUGUUUUAAAUUCUUCUAAACUCAAUUAAUAACUCUGAAUUCUUGGAGUUCCUGAAAUUCAUGGAAUUCCUUGGAAUUUUCGGAGUUCUCUCAAUUCUUUGAUUUUUCCUAAAUUUAUUGCAUUACUUUGAAUUUCCUGAAUUAUCCUAAAGUCAUUGGAAUUUCUUAAAGUUGUUAGAAUUCCUCAGCAUUUCCUGAUCUCACAGAGUUUCUUAAAUUUGUUAAAUUCUUGGAAUUCAAAAUGAUGCAUGCGAGGGAUGCAGGUAAUUCAAAGGAAUUCAAAUAAGUGAGAAGGUAUUCGGAGAAUUCCAGUAAUGCAGGGAAUUCGCAGAAUUCAGGGAAAUUAGGAAAAUCAGGAAUGUUAAGAAUUUCAGAGAAUUCGCCGAAUUCACGGAAUUCAGAUAAUUCAGAAGAAUUUAAUAAACGACCAUAGCUGACCUUUACAGCCAUACACUCGGAGAGAUUUUCUUUCAACAUAAUCGUUAUCGAGUAAUUUUACCAUAAGUCUUCCUUUCGUGUUUGUUCCUUUUAAAAUUUUAAAAUUUUGAAAAUCUUAAUUCACUAUUCAAGUUUUAAUCAAAGGAAAUAUGAUCCUUUUAUAAUUUCACGUAUGUCGAUUUUGAAUUGUUCGCACGCGACAAACGAUUCGGUCAUAGGAAGUGAACAAAUGCGUGAACCUCAUACAGAAACAUUGACUACUCUCGUUGGCGUGUAUUUAGUAAAAAAAUGUAGUAAACAAUGCGAGUUUUAGCACAUGUUUUUUUUUUUAAAUUUCGAGGAGUCGAAUCUCGUGACGAAUCGUGCCGUGUCUCGAUUAACACAUGUAAAAUGGUUCCUACUAAUAUACAUACAUACAUACAUACACCAGCUAAUAAUUCGAGUAACAUACUUUGUAGAAUAUAAAUAAUAAUUCGCUAGAUAACGCAUAGGCACUUAGCAAUACGUAGAAAGGCGUGAAAGUGCGAGAGACGAAAUCAUGAUAAGAGAAUGAUCGUGCGAGCUUAGGAGCGGAGAGAAAGAGAGAGUGUGAUAAAUUAGUUAGUGGACUAGGUCUAGGAUAAACACUGUACACAAUACUCCGAAGUAUACUAACCAUAGUUCUAUAAGCCAAGUAUCAUAUUGACAGGGACGCGCAGAGUUUUUCAAGAGGAAUCGAGAUUUUUAGCGAAAACUUUAUGAAAGACGUUCUUCAAGAUUCAGUACGCGGAAUUCGCGAGUCUGUGGAUGAACAAGAGGUAAGAGAGAGAUUUUUCUUUUUUAAACAAUCUUAUAGAUCUUAUACGCAUAUACGAAUGUAUACGACUCGAGACUGCAAACGUUUGUAUACGAAUCAUGACGAACUCGUUGGAUUAUAGGGUAAAAGAAGAAAUUCUAAUUACGUCCACAUAAAUCUGUUUACCAAUCUGUCUUGUACAUCCACGGGAGUCGCAAUUUGGCAAAAGGACUCGCUUAGGUCUCCGUAAAUCCAGGUCUAAUCGGUACAAAGAAACCAUUUCUUGCCUUGAGCUCUCUAUAUACGAACGAAGCGUUUAAGUAAUUUUUAUAAAGAUUAGUAAUGAAGAGAAAAAUCAUACAGAGUACAAAUUUUCAUCGGAAAUCUAAUUAGAUCUAAAAAGAAGACAGAGAGUUCUAGAAGCAUAUCUCUAGAAGCAUAGUUCUAGAAACAUGUUUCUAGAAGCAUGUUUCUAGAAGCAUGUUUCUAGAAGCAUAUUUCUAGAAGCAUAUUUCUAGAAGCAUAUUUCUAGAAGCAUAUUUCUAGGCGCAUAUUUCUAGAAGCAUAUUGAGGCGGAAGCGUGAAAUCGUAAAUGGAUUUAGAGGAGAACCGGUCAAAAACGAUCUGAUUAAUAUUUAAGUUGACUCGGCUAGAAACUAUCGAUUGACCGAAAGAAACAGUGCCAUAGCAUUGAAUAUUAAUUUGACUUUAAGGGGUCUCUCUAUACAGUUCAAUAACAGCAAAAUUGAAAUAUGUAGAGUGUACUACGUUUAACCGUUGGAAGAAUCUCAGUGAUCUUGCCGAUGAUAGACUUUUGUUUUAAUAAACUAAUACGAUUACGCAGUUGCUGCUGGGUGUUGCCACCGGAAGAGGGCGGUGGGUCUUUUUACCCCCACGAAGACUCGAGUCAUGUCCUCCCCUCCUCCGCGAUCAUAGUUUUUUACUACAGUAUUUAUAUAGCUAUAUGUAUACACACAGACACAUAUAUAUGAUAUACAGAAUUAUAUAUUUUUACACGUGGAUCUCUCAAAACCUUACCACCCUCUGCCGAACUCACCCUCAGCGUCACCCAUUAUAGUCCGCAACAGUCAUACAGCUAAUUACAGUAUUGCAAUAUUUUUAAAGACAAUCUUGGAACCAGCCGAAUCUUCUCUGUCGACAAAUCUGCCAAAGUAAAUACUGGAAUUAGCGUUUUUUUUUACAUUACGAUACCUUCAUGUUCAAUGAACGUCUAAAACUGGAGAGUUAUUUGUCUACACUAACAUUUUGGUCUUCUAAGCUUACGCAUUGGUCGUCGAAACUAAUGCGUUGGUCGUCUAAACUGCCUUCCCUCCUUUUUGAGAUAGACCCUCAUUUUAGUAGACAUAUCUACGCGGAAAAGAGCAGAUUUGAUGCAUUUAACACUCUUCUGAUUCCUCUGAGGACCUUGAUGAUCUGAAAUUUUCUUGAAUUCAUCUAAAUUCAAACGAAUUCGGAGGAAUUUAGAAUAAUUGAAAAGAAUUUCAAGAAUUUACAAGACGAAGUGUCAAGAAAAUAAAUAUGAACAAUACAAAGAAUUCAAGGAGCUCUGAAAAAUUCUAAGGAAUUAAAGUGAAUUCCAAAGAAUAUACUAAAAGAGGGAGUAUUAAUUACUAAACCUACCUGCUGUUUGCAGAUUAUGUGUAAUGAAUAGAAAGAGCAAUUUAAAAAGAAAAGUAAAAUGCGCGGAGUUCAUUAGAAUUCUUGCAAUGCCUUAUAAUUCGUCGAAUUCCUUAGAUUUCAUGAUAUUUCUUGGAAUACGUGGAUUUUCUAGAAUCCUAAAAAAAUCGUUGAAUAACUCGAAAUUCCUUAUUAUAUUUUUAUAUUCUUAGAAUUCAUUUAAAUCUUUAGAAUUGCUUAGAAUUAUUGAGCUUCCGUAGAAUCCGUGGAAUUAUUUACGAUACGUUUAAUUCCUUAGAAUUCGCGCAACUGCUCAGAAUUCCGUAAAUUUCGUGGUAUUUCCUAGAUUCCGUGAAAUUCCUGCGAAUUCGUGAAAUUCUUUGAAUUUCCCUAGAAUUUUUUGAAUUCCUUAGAAUUCUUUGAAUUAUCUAGAAUUCUUUGAAUCCUUUAGAAUUCUUCGAAUCCCUUAAAUAUCAUUAAAAUUCUUCGAAUUAAAAAAAAAAAAGUUAAUUAGAAUUUGUCGAAUGCCUUAGAAUUCGUGAAAUUCUUUAGAAUUCGCAGAAUUUCUUAGAAUUCGUGGAAUGCCUGCAAGUUCUUCGAAUCCUUUAGAAUCAUUAGAAUUUUUCGAAUUACUUAGAAACUGUCCAAUUUCUUAGAAUUCUCGAAAUUCUUCAGAAUUCGCGGAAUUCCUUAAAAUGCGUUGAAUUCUUUAGAAUUCGUGGAAUUCCUUAUAAUUUGUGGAAUUCUUUAGAAUUCUUCGACUUCCUUUUAAAAUUCUUGGACUUCAUUGUAAUUCGUGAAAUUGGCUGAAUUCCUUCAAAAUCGUCAAAUUUCUUGGAAUUCGUCUAAUUCUUUAGAAUUCUUCGAUUCCCUUAUAAUUUUUCGAAUUAUUGAGAAUUUAUCGAAUUCCUUAGAAUUCGUGACAUUCUUUAGGAUUCGUGGAAUUCUUUAGAAUUCAUGGAAUUCCUUCGAAUUAAUAGGAUUCCUUAGAAUUUUAGGGAUUCCUUAGAAAGCGUGUAAUUUAUUGGAUUUCUCAGUAUACCUUAGAAUUCGUGGGAUUCUUUUAGAUUUCGCGGAAUUCUUUAAAUUUCGUGGGAUUUCUUGGAAUACUUGGAUUUACGUAAAUUCGUGAAAUUCUUUACAUUUUUAUAAAAUCAUGGAAUAAUUCUGAAAUGCUUGAAAUAUUUUUAUAAUAUUGAAAUUUUUUUAAAGUCUUAGAGUUCCUUGGAAUUCGUGCAACUUUUCAGAAUUUCGUAGAUAUAUCCACGCAAUACGUGAAUUUUCUAGAAUUCGUGGAAUUUCCUAGAAUUCUAAUAAAAACAUUGAACAAUUCUGAAUUCGUUGUAAUAUUUUUAUAUUUUUGAAAUUCAUUUAAAUUCUUCGAAUAUUUUAGAAUUUGUAGAGUUCCUUAAAACUCGUAAAAUUCCUCAGAAGUCGUGCAAUUUUUUUUUAAUUCGUGGAAUUUAUUUAAAUUUGUGAAAUUCUUUAAAUUCCUUAGACUUCAUGAAAUACUGUAGGUUUCGUGAAAUUCCUUAGGAUUCGUGGAAUCGAGAGACCAAUUUAAAAAGCAAAGUGGUUAGUGCAGAGUUUAGACGACCCAUGGAUGUCCAUUAUGGAUGACCUUGAAAAAGAAAACUCUCAAGAAGAAAGACUUAUCAAAAUAUCUUCUUCAUAUACAGUCUCAUUAUACAAUUAUGUUUCAAAGACAGGUUUAUUCCUGGAAACAAGAGAUCCUAUGGACUCAGGAUUUGAAAAAUAGACGUUUAAUAUGAAUUUCUUAAGAUUCUACCUAACGCUUUUCGGAGCAAAGUUACAUCACCAAUGAUAUUAUCUUACUAGUGACCCAGAACAUUUUGUCCUUUAUAAAAUAUUUUGCCGCGUUUAAUUUCCAGAAGUUAAACCUUACGUAGAUGGAUUGGCAGAGCAGAUAAAAGCUGUUGUCUCAGGUACUCAUACACUUGUAUAAUAAAUGUAAUAACAAACUCAGGAAAACUAAAGCAGACAGGCCGUGAUAUAGAAACCUAACUUACGUUAACCAGACGCGCAAGUGCUGACUUGCUAUUCUCUUUUUUUGUCUUGUUUUUUUGUUUGUUUGUUAGUUUGUUUGUAGAUUUUACACUGGCGACAGGCGUGUACACCGUUUCGAACAAAUGAGAAAAAAAAAA